AUUAUUGCUUGAACGAUUUCACUGGAAACACUGGCUUUCAUAUCGAUAACAGAAUAUCAAAUGAAAUUGGCAUCAAAGAAUUGGUUGCAUCGAGGUACAGCAUCUUUUAAAGACUGGAAGGAAAUGUUCUUCGUAGAAUGAAUCUUUGGUGUCUUACAGUAAUGCUUAUGGAAGAUUAAUUCGUCAUUCUAACAGAAUUGGACAAGCAUAUUGUGUGUGUGUUUGUGAAAGACUUUGAAAUGAUCACAAUUGAUAAGAAUCCUUCAGGCGCCCAUACCAGAUGAUUCUUCUCUGCUAUGUGUCUGAUAUAUAUUUGUGGUUUUAUGCAGCAAGCAUUUAUAUGUGUGGACCUGUGAAGGCCAAUAUCACAAUAUUCAACAUUCUAACAAGACAGCUACAUUAAGUUGGGUGUAAAGAUUGCCUUUUGGUACUAAAACUGGUUGUGUUGCUAAUAAUUAUAUUUUGAAAAGAAAUAUAUUUAUUAGGAUCAAUAUAUAAAAAGAAUAAAAACAAGGAAAACACCUGUAAAUUGUAGAAAAGAGAAGGGAAACUAUGGAAGGAAAAUUAUGUAAUAACACGUCUGAAAAGACUGAUGUUGUUUGUGAUUUAAAGGAAGAGGAAGAGGAAGGAGAAUCAUCGUACCAGUGUGAUGUCUGUGAUGAAGCAUUCUCUGAAAGAGAUAGCUUGACUAAGCACAAAUGUAUUCAUGCAGGAGACAGGCCAUUUUCCUGUGAUAUUUGUGGAAAAUCGUUCCAUCGAAAUUAUCACUUAACAAGACACAAACUCACUCAUACGGGUGGUAAAGCUUAUAACUGUAAUAUCUGUGGUAAAGCGCUAACUCGACAGUCGAACCUAGACAUGCAUAUGCGUAUUCAUACAGGUGAGAAACCAUUUUCCUGUGACAUCUGUGGGAAAUCUUUCUCCGGGAGCAGUUAUUUCACUAAACACAAACGAAUUCAUUCAGGCGAUAGGCCGUACUGUUGUGAUGUCUGUGGUAAAUCAUUCUAUGAAUCUGUUGAUUUAACUAAACACAGACGUAUGCAUUCAGGUGAGAAGCCAUAUCACUGUGACAUCUGUGGAAUGUCAUUCUCCGUAAGCUCUAACUUGACGAAACACAAGCGUACACACACAGGUGAGAAGCCAUAUCGUUGUGACACCUGUGGUAAAUCAUUUUCCGCAGCCGAUAACAUGAAGACUCACAAACGUAUUCAUACAGGUGAGAAACCAUAUUGCUGUGAUAUCUGUGGUAAAUCAUUCUAUACAAAUGGCGCUUUAACUAAUCACGUACGCGUUCAUACAGGUGUGAAGCCCUAUCGUUGUGACAUCUGUGGUAAAUCGUUUUCUUCACGUAGCCAAUUAACUAGUCACAAAUGCAUUCAUACUGGGGAAAAAGCAUUUCGUUGUGAUACCUGUGGUAAAUUAUUCUCACAUAGUAGUAGCUUGGCUAAGCACAAACACACCCAUACAGGUGAGAGCAUAUUGUGAAUUCUGUGGUAAAUCCUUCUCACAUGGGAGGGCAUUAACGAAACGUGUUCAUACAGGUGAGAAGCCAUAUCGUGAAAUUUGUAGUAAAUACUUCUCACAUGGGAGGGCAUUAACAAAGCACCUGUUCAUACAGGUGAGAAGCCAUAUCAUUGUGACACCUGUGGUAAAUCAUUCUCUCAUAGCAGUAACUUCGUUAAGCACAAGCGUACCCAUACCGGAUGAGAUCCAUAUCGUGAAAUCUGUGGUAAAUCCUUCUAACAUGGGAGGGCAUUAACAAAACACCUGUUCAUACAGGUGAGAAGCCAUAUCAUUGUGAUACCUGUGGUAAAUCAUUCUCUCAAGGAGACAUCUAUGUAUUUAUACAGAAUCAUAACUAACAUUAUUAUUUUAUUUUAUUUUAUCUGGUUUCAGCUCACGAGCUGUGGCCAUGCUGGGGCACCGCCAUUAUUGGUUGCAAAUAUUGCCACUAGGACAGCAAGCUUGUAGACGGGAGGUAAAUCUGUUACAUCAACCCCAGUACUUGACUAAUACUUACGCUAUUGCCCCCAAAAGGAUGAAACAUAAGAUCAACCUUGGAGGAAUUUGA